GAAUGGAAAAACCAGCUUAUAGAUAGAUUUAAAAUCAGAAUGUCAUUUGCGGAAUUCAUACAAUACCAAAGUAAAAGGAUACUUAGAGCUACUGAAACUGUCACAGAGUAUAUUUAUGUUAAAAAUGCUAUGCUUGAAAAGUCACCAAGUUUGAUUCCAGAGCCAGAUCGAGUAUCGCUGAUACUAGAGGGAAUACAGGAUAUGCGGUGGUCAACGCCUUUAGCCACACAUUGCUGUAAGAAUGUCGAGGAACUCAUCACACAUGCAACAGCAAUUGAUAACAUCAGGAGGACACAGCGUAAGAUGACCGAGCAGCAAGAAACUCAACAUAGACAUGCAAGCACUACCAGAUUCAGGAUCAGUGGUAACCAUGGUGGAUAAAAAGCUACUUCCCAGUGACAUGCAAGUGUACCCAUGGCAGAAAGGAUCAUACAAGGUAGCAGGGAGCAUGAUCACACCCAUUGGAUGGAUAACAGCAAGAUUACAGGUGGGAAAAAUUGAUUAUAUUAUGCCACAGAUAGCCAUUAGUGAAAACUUACCAGUAGAUAUGAUAAUAGGAAAAGAUUGGCAAAACGCAGUAUAUGCAAGAAUUAUUCAUGAGCCAGAUGGUAAAGUAUGUAUCGUGACGCCUACACAUACAGAAUAUUUUGAUAAUUUGACACAGGAAAAUACCCUAACUGCAUGUUGUAUGAGAACCAUAAACACCAGUACUCAGGAGAAUUUAAUUACACAGGAUGAUCAAAAUAAAAUUUCAAAUUUAGUUGACAAGUAUUCAGAUAUUUUUAAAAGUGACAAGAAUGACAUAGGAGAAUUUAAGGAUGUAGAACUAGAAAUAAAGUUAAAACAUAACAUACCAAUUAAAUGCAAACCAUACAGACUGCCACAACCAGAAAGAGAAUUUUUAAGAAAAACAAUAGAUGAAUGGAUUGAUCAGAAAAUAUGUAGACAUUCAGAUUCACCCUAUGCGGCACCAAUGUUUGUUGUAGAACAGCCAUUUCAUAGUACAACCCCUUUUAGACCAGUAGUAGAUUAUUCAAAGACUAUCAACCCGAUUACAGAAAAUAAUGUGCAACCAAUAGACCGAAUGGAAGAUAUAAUAAAUGUAAUUUCACAGUUUGUUUACAAAUUUAAACUUGACAUUUACCAUGCAUAUCAUAAUAUUAAAAUCAAGGAAGAAGAUAUUUAUAAAACAGCGGUAAUAACACAAGAUCAUCAUGUAGAGUUCAUGCGGGUAAUGUUCGGAAUGGUUGGAGGACCGUCAAUAAUGUCAAAAGUAAUUAACUUAACAUAUGGACACUUAUAUGACCAAGGAGUACGUUUAUAUUAUGAUGAUAUUUCUGGAGGCGCUCACACAAUUGAACAGUUGUUAGAAAUCUUAGAAAAGGUAUUUAUUGCAACACGGGAAAAGAAAUUGAAGUUAAACAAAGAAAAGUGUGUAUUUUUAGCGACAGAACUGCCAUUAUUUGGAAGAAUAAUAGGCCACAAUGAAGAGAAACCAGAUCCACAAAGAACAGCUGCAGUGAACAAAUAUGAAACUCUAACAUCAAUAUCAGAAAUUAGAUCAUUUUUAGGUUUCACUAACACUUUCAGAAAAUAUAUUCAAAAUUAUGCAUCAAUUGUAAAGCCAUUAUCAGAUAUGUUGAAACGAAACGCAAAUUUGUCUAUAGA